ACCUUCCAUCAUUCUAGACGACAGGAAAUCAGCGAAGCCCAUGAUUAAAAUGUUGCAAGCAUAGAGGAAAACAGAAUACUCGUUAAUAUAAAUGACAAUUUUUUUCGUUGUAAAAAUUGAACGCAAACAACGCAAGGAAUGAAUCGAAUACAAUACGCCGGCAUCGAAGACUUCGAGUGCGGAUCCAUGAGAGAAAACAAGAAAAUUUUUCGUUCCAGGAGAUGGAGGUAGUCAACUCCAGGCCCGUAUCAACAAGUCAACAGUACCACACUUGUGGUGUGAAAAAACUUCAAGUUCCUGGUUUGACUUGUGGCUUAGCAUAGAGUCAAUGUUGCCAGGAGCUAUUGGAUGUUGGGCAGACAACAUAAGGCUUGCCUUUAAUGAAACAUCUCAAAGGAUGGGCAAUGCACCUGGAGUUGAGGUACAAGUUCCAUAUUUUGGAACAACCAAAGGUGUUUCCUAUUUGGAUCCUUCUCUUUAUCAUCCAGGAGAGUAUUUUGCUGAAAUGGUGGCUGCUCUGGAAAAAAUUGGAUUUGAGGAGAAUAUAUCACUGCGAGCUGCACCAUUUGACUUCAGAUAUGCACCAAAUUCUGCUCUGGAAUACUUUGCCAACUUGAAAGCUCUAAUAGAAGACACAUACUUGAAAAACAAUAAGACACAAAUUGUUUUGCUGUCUCACAGCUUGGGAUGUCCGUAUACUCAUCACUUUCUCUACAACAUGUCUCAGGAAUGGAAGGACACACACAUAAGGGCUUGGGUAACUAUUGCUGGGGCAUGGGCUGGUUCAGCCAAGCUAAUGCGUAUAUAUGCUUCAGGAACCAACCUUGGUUUUCCAGAUGUUGUUCUUGAGCCACUGAACCUUAGGCCAGUUUUACGAACCUAUGAGAGCUCUGCAUUUUUGAUGCCCAGUAAAGAUUUUUGGUCUGCAGAGGAGGUCAUUGUUCAAACAGCCAAUCUAAACUACUCAUUAGGAAACUUAGAGAAAUUUUUUCAUGACAUUCACUAUCCAGAUGCCAUUAACAUAAGUCGACAGGUUCCACCUAUCUGGAUCAAUGACCCACCCAAUGUACCUUUGUAUUGCCUGUAUGGCACAGGAGUACCAACACCUGAAAAGUUUGUUUAUGGAGCAGAUGAGUUUCCUGAUACAUUUCCUAAGACAUUGUUCGGAGAUGGAGAUGGGACUGUAAACAUUCGCAGCCUAAAGGCUUGUCAGAGCUUUGUGGGUAAACAGAAACAGAAAGUAGUUACUAAGACAUUUUCAAAUGCAGACCACAUGGGUAUCAUUGGUGACAUAAGGGUGAUUGAAUUUGUGAAGAAUCUCGUUAGUUCAUUGGAUUGAUCGUGCAAUUGGUUUUCUUUUUAUCUGAGAUUUUCCUGCGCUGUCAACACAAACAUGUGCAUGAUCUGUAUAUAUUUUAGCGAAAUUUAAGUUAUUGCAAAUACUUGCCGAGAUAUGCCAAAGCCCUUAUGGAAAUAGUGUAUCUCUCCACAAGUACUUUACAAGGCCUUUUUACAAAACGGUAGCCUAAUAACGAAAAUUUGUUGUAACACUUAAAUAGAAACAUCUUUCAUGUUUGUAUUUAUUGCCAAUAUUAAAAGGUGAAGGUGUCUUGAAAACGAUGAUCUACAAGUGGCUCCGAAGUACUUUUAAGCUCUUUCAACAUGACCAAGUCUUCAAGGUUUUGCAGUGAGAAAAAAUUCGGUGUUGGUUUUUCAGUCCUGUUGGAGAGCGUUUGUAGUGGAAACAUUGUCAACUCUUUUCAAGUUUCUCGUUAUGCAUUAAAUGCAAUAUUGUUCCAGAUUGCAUUUAAGGUGUAGGGAAAUAUGUUUUAGAAUUAUUGAAUACAAUCUAACCUAGCAAAAACAGCA